AUGACAACAAAAUUAUAAGCUUAACUGUUAUUUUUCCAAAUUCAAUAUCGUCAAUUACGUGAAAAUAAUAAAAAUGGAAGUGAUCGAGUUCUUACAACAUACGAAUCAUCGUAACUUGAAAUGCAAUAUUAAAUCUAUGGUUAAAGACAGGUUACGAAGCAUACAUGAAGAUCUUAAUGAAAGGAGAUUGCUGUUACGAAGUAACUUAGAGUGUGAGAACCUAAGGUAUUCAGAGGAAUUGGCUUUGGUCAUGAAGAAUCGUAUUGAGGAAGCAGCCAGAAAGAGGGAGCAAUGGUUUGGUAUCCAGAGAAUACAGCGGGAGCAUGACAAGGAUAAGUUUCUUCAACUUAAGGCUUUGCAGAGAGAAAUGGAAAACUGUGAGGCAACGAGGCAUUGGCAAAGCAAAGCGCUGCUAUUGGAUACCAAAGAAGCCCAACUGCAUCAAAUCAAGGAAAAGGAAGCAAUGAGGCAAAGAGAAAAGCAGUUGGAAUUAAUAUGGGAAGAUGUUACUCGACGAUAUUUCGAAGAAAAGGCUAAGCAAGAUGUUGUGGAAACAAAAUUACUCAAAACGAUUGCGGGAAUCAAUCAGAACAUUAACAUAAAAAAUUACGAAUGUCAAAGGAAGAACAACAAAGUUGCAGAACAAGCUACUCGAGAACAGUUCGCAAAGGAACACAUGUUUCACACAUUAAUGAACGGAUCACAUCUUGCACGAAGGAGAGUCGCAGAGAGAAAUAAGAAGCUGUCUCAACAAAAAGAGCUAACGGAGCAAAUUACAGAAAAUCAGAUAAUACGCUGGAAAAAUAAAAAACUCUUGUUCGAUGAAGAAGUGAAAAUUAUGGAAAAUUGUAAUAGUGAAAUCUUGAAUAAUCAACAAGAAGAGGAAAAACGAAAGAUUCAGGAUUCAGUGUGGCAAGAAUGCUAUAUUAAUCAUGUGAAGGAAGAGAAAGAAAGAAAACGAGAGGAAUCCAAACAGUUUGAUUUGAAGUUUUCCGGAACCGGAUGUGUGUUAAAACAGCAAAAUAAGAAGCCAUACAAUAAAUCUGCACGCUAAUUUGAUAAAAACUGAACAUGGGAUCUCAGUUAGGUUCACGAACACCCGCUAUUGGUAUUAAACUGGUCAACCGAUUUUUGUAAUAUUUUUUUUGUUUAAACGCAGGGGUCUCAUAAAAUAAAUUAGUUAGUUAAAAAUACA